ACCACAAGAUGUUGAUAGAGAACAACAAUAUAUUAUGCAGAGUUUCUCCUGAGAUCGAGAGUUAGUUGUUUUCCGUCAUGGAUUUUGCUGCAAUUUUGAAGGGAGAAGUCGAUAGGAAGAGAAAAUUAGUUGAAGAUAAGAACAUCAUUGCUGGAGAAAAGAAAUUCUUUAAAAGGGGAGACUUGGCAGAAAAAGAACGGGAAGAAUAUGAAAAACGACACAAUAUACAACGAGAAGAUCCAGAGGCUGAGAAGCAGCGUAGACUUUCACUUACCGAUACUUUGAAUAAUAUUGGGCCAGACAAAGAUAAGCUUCCUAUGACUUUGUCAAGACAAGAGGUUAUCAAAAGACUUCGAGAACGUAAUGAACCGAUUACACUCUUUGGUGAGUCGGAUUAUGAAGCUUUCCAGAGAUUGAGAAAACUUGAAAUUAUGGCUCCAGAAAUUAAUAAAGGGCAGAGAAAUGAUUUUCAGGAUGCCAUGGGACAAAUAGAACAAGAAGAUUUAGAUGAAUUAAUAAAUAAACAAAACAAAGAUAACGACAUGAAAGAAUCAACUCUACAGAUAAAAGAUGAUGGAGUCACCAUUGAUAAGUUACUUGAAAUGAAGCAAAAGCUUGAUGAAGGAGAUGAUGAUCAUGAUAUUGAAGUUAUAUUGAAAACCUUACAGUUUCUUCUGAAAUGUUGGGCGGAAGAACUGAACAGUGUUCCCGCAGAAAAGAAACGAAAAAUUCAAGUUCGGACUCAAUUUGCAAUCCAUAGACAAACUAAAGGAUACCUUGCUCCUUUAUUUUCCUUUCUCAAGAAGAAGACGAUCGCCCCAGAUAUUCUCGCUUAUUUAACAAGGAUUAUCAAAUUUGUAUUGGACAGAGAUUAUGUCAAGGCAAACGACGUCUAUUUACAAAUGGCAAUCGGAAAUGCACCUUGGCCUAUUGGGGUGACUAUGGUCGGAAUUCACGCUCGAACAGGCAGAGAGAAGAUUUUUUCGCAACAAAUUGCUCAUGUUUUGAACGACGAAACCCAAAGAAAAUAUAUUCAAGGAUUAAAAAGACUUAUGACAGUUUGCCAAAGGGUUUUCCCAACUGAUCCAUCGAAAUCUGUUGAAUAUGACGCGACUAAACCAUUGGCUAUGUGAUACAAAUAAAUUCUGGUAAUAAUUAUUGGACAAUUAUUAGUGGUCUGGUCGGCUUCAAGAACAUUCGAAGCUGAUAAAAAAAUGUGGAUUGAGAUCAAUUCAGAAGGAAAGCUUGACCUACUCUUGGAAUAUUGUGGUAGUCAGCAAACUCGUGUUUGCUCGUGAGCAGCUGGCGACGAGUGUUAUAUUUGGGAUUUCAAAAGUUAUGUAUUAGAUUUAUGUAAAUAGUGUCAUGUUAAUGCAACUUAUGUAUACAUACAUGUAUUUUUGAACUGGGAGAACCUGUUGCCAGUGAAUUUGACACAAAAGAGAACCAAUUCUUAAAAUUUUGAUUUACACAACCGGUUAAGACUGUGUGUGGUGAGUUUCAUAAGUAACACUGAAAGUAAAGAACAGACUCCGAAACAAAAUGAAUGAAAAUUUAUCACCUCAAUGUCUAUUUUGACCAUUAAAUGUUUUUGCGCUUUGGCACAGUCUGAAAGAGAGAGAUUUAUUGUCUUAACCAAAAAACAAGCGAUGGUACAAUUUGAUACAUUUGAUAUAGACAGGGGGAUACGGCCAUCAGAGUUCUCCCCCCAAUUUUAGUUUUUGGAUUCGCAGUUGAUGUAUGUGAACAAUGUACAAAAAAUAAAAACUUUCUGCUCAUAUUUAUGUUAUUGUAUGUUUUGUGAUUUACAAAAAAUAAACUUUGUUUGUAUAGUCAGUUUUUACAAAAAGUCUUAUUUUUUUGAGAGUAUGCUCAAAGCAAAUGUACAAGUGCAAGGGUAGAAACAAAAUCGCUGCUCGGAACAUGAGGAUUUCAACCAUCUUUUGUUUCCUGAACUCUCUUCUGUUUACAUAAUCACAGGCUUUUACGAUAUAUAUACAGGGUGUCCAUAAAAGAUAAAAUCCCUUCACAAUUUCAAUUUUGUUAUGAAGACAGUUCUCAAUGUAUCUUAACCAGGUUUGUUGUUAUUUUAAUCAGUAAUUAAGUAUUUUUACUUCAUUUAGUACAUCUGUGAGGGCCAAAACAAUAUAUGGUAUUAAUAAAUUCCUUUUGCAAUUUUGAGACUUUAUGGACACCCUAUAUUAUAAAAUAUUUUCGAAUCGUUUUGUAGGUGCCAAACAAUUAGAAAAUGAGUCUUUUGGCCAAUUGAACCUUCUAUGAAUUUGCAAUGAAAUGUGACAAUUCUGACUAAGACAUUUGUAAAUUAGGACAUUACCAUUCCCCACUAAUACCUAACCUGCAUGCAUGCAAUUUCUCUCCUUGUUAUAGUUGAAUAAUGGGUAGUCCCAUAAUAAUGUAUGUCUGACCUUGGUCCGACAAACAUUACAGAAAUAUAUUUGUGUUAGUGUGCAGCAAGACUCUUGAAUCAGUUAGGAAAGAUAUUUUUAAUUUAGUUUUUUUAUUGGACACUGACUAUGUCUUGUUUGAGGUGGGUGGGUAUGGGAUUCAAACCUUACUCAAGAAUAUGAUAUGAAUCUAGAAUUGGCACUAUUUAAUAUUGCGCAAUAUAUUUUAUUGUCUCAACAGUGCAUCCUAUAAUGACACUUAUGUAAUAUUGUCAAUGGCUCUACGGUUCUUUGCAUACUUGUAUAACUCGUACACACAAUGUGAUUUUGGUUGGCUGUGUAUUACAACAAUGACAUAUUGUCUUUGGCCAUACAAUACCAUUGUCAAUAACGCUAUAGUUCUUUGUAUUACCCGCGCACACAAAGACAUUUUGCGUUUCACAUAUCAAUGUGCCUUGGCGUUUCUCUUUAUUCAACUCAAACGAAAGUAGGCAAUUCCUUAUUUUAAGAAAGAUACCAAUUCCGAAUUUGCUAUGAAAUGAAGCCAGCUUUGCAUCUGAGUGGGUGUGUGUGACCUUGCUUUAAAAACUUCCCUUCAAAAAAAAUUAAUCUUGAUGAUACUCAAUAUUUAACCUGUUCGCCUAUUAAAUUAUUUGUAUUCUCAUAAAAAGGUUUCUCUGUUUCAUAUUGCAUCAUUUCAGUGUUGUUAAUUAUUAAACCAUAUUACGAUUUCAGACCGAAGUCCUUUUCUCUGUAAUGAGUGACUUAUUUAAUGAGCGCUUUUAUUUAAGUUGGUGUAUCUGUUGUCGGUAUAAAUAAAAUAUCUGCUUGAGACUUUGAGAGUGAAUAAAAGUAGAAUGAUUCG